UUCUACGCUUUGCGCAUUUUAAAAGUGACAAAAUGGCGAAUGAAGCAGGCAAAUUGCAGCUUUCUACACAACAAGAAAAACCAAAUCAUUACACGUACUUAAAGGAAUUUCGUGUCGAACAGUGUCAGUCUUUUCUUCAGCACAAAUGUAACCAACAUAGGCCAUUCGUAUGUUUUAAUUGGCAUUUUCAAAAUCAACGCCGUCGUCGUCCUGUCCGCAAACGUGACGGUACUUUUAAUUAUAGUGCAGACAAUUAUUGCACUAAAUAUGAUGAAACUACAGGGAUAUGUCCUGAUGGUGACGACUGCCCAUUUCUUCAUCGCACCGCUGGUGAUACUGAGCGUCGUUAUCAUUUACGUUACUAUAAAACAUGUAUGUGUGUACACGACACGGAUAGUCGUGGAUAUUGCGUUAAAAAUGGGCAUCAUUGUGCUUUUGCACAUGGCAUUCAGGAUCAACGUCCGCCAGUCUAUGAUAUUAAAGAAUUGGAAUCAUUGCAGAAUGCAGAGCUGGCGCUCGACGGUACGAAUGCACAAAAUGCUUUGGAUAAGGAACGCAAUUUAAUGAAUGAAGAUCCAAAAUGGCAGGAUACUAAUUAUGUUUUGACAAAUUACAAAACUGAGCCAUGUAAACGUCCACCUCGUCUUUGCCGACAAGGUUACGCAUGUCCACAAUAUCACAAUAGCAAGGAUAAACGACGAAGUCCACGUAAAUUUAAAUAUAGAUCCACUCCGUGCCCAAAUGUCAAGCACGGCGAAGAAUGGGGUGAGCCUGGCAACUGUGAGGCCGGUGACAAUUGUCAAUAUUGUCACACACGUACCGAGCAACAAUUUCAUCCGGAAAUCUACAAGUCAACUAAAUGUAAUGACGUACAACAAGCUGGUUACUGUCCACGCAGCGUUUUUUGCGCCUUCGCACAUGUGGAGCCUUGUCCUAUUGAUGAAUUGCGCGAAAACGCGCUCUCAGCUAGUUUGGCCAACACAAGUUUAUUAUCACGUUCCUCGGCGCCAAUUAACAUUCCUAAUUCCACAUUGAAUAACUCAAUGAACGGUGAGUAUUUUAAUUCUGCCGGCUUUUCCGUCAACAUUCCAAGCAACUCGCUCACGUACAGCCCAACCAGUCACAGUAAUUUAUUCAGCGUGUCCGAUGCAUUUAACUAUAGCGGUUCCAAUACAAAUAAAUUAAGUAAUUCUCUCUCAGCGGCCACUCAAAAUGAUAGUAGCAGCUUGUUCUUUCCAUCACGAAUCAUAUCUCCAGGUUUUGCAGAUGGUUUAUCAAUAAGCCCCUCCGUUAGAAUAUCUGAAUUAAACUCAAUACGUGAUGACAUCAACAGCAGUUCUGUUGGAAAUAUUUUAUUUGACAACACUUUGACUACCACUAAAAAUGCAUUUUCAUUGCAAUCAUUACAAAAUCAAAACAAUUCGGAUGUUAAUCGUUUAUCGACCGAAUUAAUGACAAAAAAUUCACAAAUCCUAAAGCUGACAAAUCGAAUUGAUGAGACCGCUAGAAAGUUAAACUUAACCGAGUUACAACGUGACAAAGCUAAGCAAGAGGCAUUGGAAUGGAAAGAGCGUUACGAUUUGGCACAAACACAGCUUCAUUUGUCCACCGAACUACGCAAUUUAUCAAUUCAAAAGCUAAAGCAACUGCAGUCUAAAUUGCGUACAGAUUUAGAAGAUGUAGAAAAAGUAUUAUAUUUGGAAAAUGCAAAAAAAUGCAUGAAAUGUGAAGAGAACAAUCGUACGGUCACCUUAGAGCCAUGCAAUCAUUUUAUACUUUGCGACACAUGCGCCUGCUCGGUGACAGAGUGCCCAUAUUGUCAAGUGUCGGUAGUUACAACACACACUUAAAUGAGAUUAUUUGAUACAAAAGCAAAACAAAGAACCAUACGGAUUCAGUAUAAAAAAACUUAGUUAUAUUUGCUUCAAUCAAAUUAUUUAUUAAAAGUGUAUAAAUAGGUUUUCAAAUAACCAAGUAUUGGACGGAUGUGAAAUAUGAAGGAAGGCGAAAAAAAAACCUUAUUAAACAAUCGAAUUGAAAUCAACUUAUAAGUAACAAAUACCAUAAAAAAAUGUGUUGUUCGUACAACUAGCGAAUAAGUUUAGGUGACAAAAAUCAGUGAAAUUAGAUCUAGUUAAUUUCAGUAAAAUUAAAAAAAUAGUGCAAAACUUCCAAAAGCAAACAAAACAAAGCAAUUCAUCAAGAAGCAAUAAGAAUACGUUUUCUUUCCAUUAUUUUGCACUUACUAUAAAAAAAAUUUCAUAUAUAUUCAUAUCUAUCACACUGCUCUAUUUUUACCGUUUUUUUUAGCAUUUUUUAAAGAUCCUUUUGCAACGCACUAUAUUUUUUUGUAUUAACUGUAAGUUAAAAUAUGUUCGUAUACUAAUGAAGUAAUAUAAUUUGAUAUUUACACCAUUCAGUUUUAAUACCUUUUUUAUACAUUAAUAUUUGUCAUUUUUAGUUAUGGACAAUUUCAGUAACUUUUGAGAGAAUAAUUGUACAGUUAGUACAUACGCUUGUGCUCAUACUAUUAAGCCUCCGUAUCUUUUUACAAUAUGCCCAAUAUUUUCUAGGCUAAGGUUUUUUCGUUACUUUAUAAAUCAAAGUUGCAAGUGUUGUACAAAAUUUAAAAAAAAAAUGAACAAAUUUCAAAAAAUUUAAUGCGCUUCUAAAACUGCUGAUUAAAAAUUUUAGUAGUCCAUUAAAAUUUUUUUGGAAUUAGUUCAAUUUUUCUAAAUUUUGUGAAAAAUUUGGAAUUUUCAUUUAUAAACCUUACAAAGUUUGCAUAAAAAAUUAACCUAAAAAUUUGAGUAUAAAAAAUAUUGUAAAAAAAUAAAGUGACUUAAUUAUGUGAGCACAAAUGCAUAUACAUAUAUCAUGGAAGUUAUAAAAUGUUAUUAUUUAUAAUUAAUUUACUUCAGCUUUUACCUAGAACAAACCAAUAACAUUAGUAUUCUUUUUAUGCUGGCAUAGUAUUAAAUUUAGACUUGGCGUUAUCAGUGCAUCCUUAAAACUAACUAUAUUAAUUGCCCUAUAGGUUAUGAAUAUACGAAAAUUUUUCUAACUUAGUACUGCAGUUUUAAAUGUUCUAAUAUAGUGAAU